AAACAAAAAUGUCUCCCUUAGUUUGUUUACUUUUUUCUUGUAUUGUUGCUGUGUCCCACAGUGCCCCAGGUCCAGAUGUGUGCCAGACAUGGGCUGACUUGGCUAAGGCAGAAACUUUCCCAGGGGCUCAGAGCUGUACCAACAACAAGACUCAACAUUGCACGAGGAUAGAUUGUUCUGGCCACUUCAGUAUACCUGCAUUUGUGCGACAGCUGCCAAUCAAGGUUAAGCCAGGCUACGACUACUGCUUUGGCAGUCAGUUAAACUCAUGUAGCGACCCUGUAUCUAUAGACUUCUACCUUCACAUUUCUACUGAGAAUAAGACUUUCACAAAGAGAAUCACACAUGAUUCUUAUUUAGCUCUUCCAGAACUGAACAUCCCCCUGACCUCACCUAAGCUGCACUUUGAGUUUGAGAAACAUGAUGGAAUUAUAUCUUUCAAUGUCAAACUUAUUGUUAACAUUGAGUAUGGCGGGAUCCAGAUGGCCAGCUUUGAGGAACCUCUAAUAAAAAACGCCACCCUUUACACAGAGCAUUGUGAUAAGCCUACACCACAGGAUGCCAACACGCCAUCUCCUGAGUUCAUCAGCAGCAUCAACCACUGUAAUGACUUUGGCUACACAGCACUGACGACUCAGGUGUCUCCAACAACACAGACCUAUAAACCUUCUUCAACGCUGAACAAAUUCUGUGAUAUCAAAACUGCAUGCAGCGCUCACGAGUUUUGUGGCACCAACAGCACAUGCACAUGUAACUUAGAAUCCCAGCUGUCUGCCAGUAAGGACUACUGCUCUCCCUUUAGCCAAGUGAACCAGAGGUGUAUGCAGGACAACGACUGCAGCUUUAACGAGGAGUGCAGCUCACAGACUUGUCAGUGUGUUCAGGGCUACAGCUAUGAUGAAGUGCGUGGUAUGUGCGUCUUUGCGCAACACGGCCAGAAGCCGGACAGCCACAUGAACAGUACAGCAAAAUUGGAAUCACCUGCAACAACACCCUCACCCCACCGGUCAGAAGAGAAACCAGUCAAGGAAUGGCACAACAUUCCCAUAUACAUAGGUGCCUCUGUGGCAGGUGCUAUGGCCAUUGUUUUAUCAAUCUGGGGGUUCAUAGCGUGCAGAAAGAAGCUGGUGUUCAGACAGCUGGAAGAGAGGGAUGCAGAGAUCCGCUCACCAAUGCUGGGAAAUGAUGAUGACAACCUAAUCAUGUAGAUGGUGCAGCAAGUGAUAACUUUCAUUGCCAACUUUGAUUUCUUUCUCACUGUUUAUUGACAAACCUUCUUUUUAAUGAGUCUCAUCAUAAAGAUCUGACUAGUGGAGACUUUCUUUGCCAACUUUGAUUUCUUUCUCACAGUUUAUUGACAUUACUUAAAAAACCUUUUUUAUGUGUUGCAUUAUGUAUAUGUCACUGGUGAAGACUUUCUUUGACAAGUUUGAUUUCUUUCUCUCAAUUAAUUGACAUAUUUUAACUAAUUUAUUUUGAAACUAUUAUUUUUGAUUUUGUAACCAAAGAAUUUCUCUUUGUCAUUUAAAAUAGGCGUAUAUUUUUGCUAAUGUUUACACUUUUUAAAAACUAUUUUUUUGUAUAUUUACUUUAACAUUGAGUUUUUUUUUACAUUUAAGUGAAGCAAAUGUAUAGUUCAAUAGGAUUUUUAAAAAUUCAUCAUCUUUAACAAUUCUUCUACUGGCAACAUCACUUAAAUUAAUUAGAUCUUGGAGUUAAUAAGAUGAUGUUGCACUAAGAAAUUGUUACAUGAAUUAAUUAAUGAGCCAUAUUUUUUGACUACAUUCCAGAUUGUCACCUUUUAAUAUCACAGGUAGAAAUAUCUUCCCUUUCAAAACUAGGUUCAUUGGUGAUUCCCAAAAAAUUGUUUAUUCAUAAAUUGGUUAUCCAAGAUUGUGUUCAUUUAUUUCAACCUCACUAAUUAAAAAUCUGAUUAUGAAUCUCUUUUUUAUCUGAUAUUUAUGAUUUUUAAUUUCAUUGUACUGAAUAUCCACUUCAGCUUUUAUUUAAACUUUUUUUUUGAAGAUCGAAAAUAUUUAGCUUCUCAGGCUUAGUUUCUCCUUUGUUGUAGUAUUUAUAGACAUGCCUGCUAAAAAUAUUUGCUUUGUACAUUUGUUGACACCUUGCUUCUGGCUCAUACUCAAGUUUUGAUGUUUUAUGGAACUGUAGCUAUAAUUAGAAUCAAAGAUGUGUGAUCCCCAUGUGGUUUAGUUAGCUUGCAGCAUCCUAGUUUGGGUUGUCACAUCCCAGCAGCAUUAUUUAAGUUGUUACCUCCCCUACCCUGUUUGUCACCUUUAAGUUUGAGCAGUCACCUCCAAGCUUGGGCGUCACCUCCUAUCCCCUAAGCAAAGGUUGUGAUAAACAAAAAGUGUUUUAGAAUUGUGAUACCAUUGUACAUUUUGUAAUUACCUCCCCUGUUGCAAAUGUUUUUGGUACAUUCCAGCGGAGUUUAAUUUUGUUAUAAGUGUUAUAUUAUAGCCUUGUUUUUAUAACAAGAAUUAAAAUGCCAGUUUUGUUGAAUCAAGAAUGUUCAGUUAUAAACAGCUUUUGCACAUAAGCACAUCUUUAUUGUUCUGCACAAAAAGUGUUAAAUUUAAAUAUAUAUAUUUCUGUGUUGAUGUAAUGGAGUAGAUUUUUUAAAAAACACAGCAUCGAUGAAUAACAUAAAAAUUAAUAAUAGCUAACACACCCCCUAACUCUUCUGCAUUAUUUCUUCCUUAUGAGGAAGAAUAAAAUCUAGGGAUGAGAAAGAAAAAGAUCUAGGGACAGAAAAUUUAUGUAAUUUAAAAAAAUAUAAAAACUAAUUUGUUUGGGCCAAGUCUUUCAAUUCCAUUUAUUUUUUAUGCAAUCAAUAAAUAUUGAAUGUAUUUUUUUUUUUUGUUUAAAAAGUUAUUUUAAAUAUAUUUUGAUGUUUUUGAUGACUCAUGCCCUCUUAUUCAUUUGAAAUGCUUUUUAAGAAGGUAAUGUUGAAAUAUAUCAAAAACUUUUAUUUCUAAACGCAGGUCAGUGCUAUAUCAACAAUCUCCUACAUUCCUCAUUAAAUAUUUGUUGCACUAUUUCUACUAAAUUUACAAAUUUAAAAACUGGAUGGUCUAUAUUUUAGUCACUACAGUAUCAGUUUAUCAUAAUCUUUGCCUUUACAAUCUGUAUUUAAAUUCUUUAAAUGUUAAACUAGAUCUGAAAGCUUUAACUGUACUUUUUAUGCCUAAGCUUUAUAAAAAAUAUGUCCCUGUAACAUACAUGACAGUGUUAACAGUGGUAGUCUUGCAGCUGUGUCGUGCCCAGUAAAUGAAACAGUAUUUCCAUUGAUUGUUUUUUUAAUGGAACAAUACUCUAUAAUUUACACAGCAGAUGAAUGUCAUGGUUUUAUGUAGUGAAUUGAUAUCACCAGGUGUUAUUUGUUUGUACAAAAACACAUUUCAAAAUGUAUAAAUGUAACUAGUAGGUAUCAAAUUUACCAAGUUACAACAUGGAUGAAAUCUGCAAAAAGAAAAAGUUACUUCUACCUAUUAUUUCUGUUUUUAAAUUCUAAAUUAGCACAUAUUUGUUGUUUUUUUCUUAUGUAAUUUAAAGUUUAAUUUAUGAUAUUACGUGUGGCUUUACGACGUUAAUUUAUCUACAAUCAAUCUCACAUUUUAAAAAUAUAUUGCUUUAAAAUUAAAGCAAAGAAUCUCAUAUUUUGUCUUGGAGUUAUUCAUAAAAUUUCUAGCAAAUUUUUUUAUUAUUUCUAGUUUUUCAUCCCCUCUAAAUGCAUAUAUUUACAAAAUCCAAUUAUUGUUCUAAACAAUGAAUGUUGGGCCAAAAUUGGAAAAUUUCAACUUUUCUAAUACAGUUACAGUCUAAUAAAAAUAUGUGUAACUGCAAAGCAUCAGAUUAGAAAAUUAUUUUUUAGAACUCAAGUGUGAUGGCAAAUCCUGCCCCACAUCUACAUAAUUUAUGGACAACCAUUAAUUAAAUGUUUAGACUACAUUGCAUAUUAUUUUAUCAAUAUUAAAUAAAGACCUACUUUUCUUAACACAAAUUGUUUUGUUUUAU